AUGGAAUUGUUGCCCGUCAAGCACGGAGGGGAGUGGACCGGGCCUCUUGUUGCGUCGGCCUCGUAUUGUGCAUGUAUGGACGGAAAGAAGCGUGAAGGCAAAGUCACGGGAUUGGAGCGUGUCGGGAUGGCCCCCCACCUAGUCGCAGGCAUCGGUAGUGGGACAUGGCCACAGGCCGGCCCCCCUCCCCUCCAAGCCCCUCGUCCAUUGGAAGUAUCGCUGUCACGGUCAGGCAGCGCGGCGACGAGGCUGAAGAGGAGGGCGAGGCCGUGGCUGGUUGGAGUGGUGCGAGAACAUGCCGAUUUGAAGACGACAUGGACAUGGUCGAAACAGGACGACGACGCCUCGUCCAUGGCCGCCAUUGAACCGCCCGCUGCUUGUUCCGGACUUUGGUCUGUAUUGUCUCGUCUGCUAACGCAUCCUCGAUGGAGAGACAUCAGUGCGCACAGAGAGGGGCGCAUGGCUUUGCCGGACAACGACGCCUUCUUCACCGCCUAUUUUGCAGCUUGGGGGUGUGCGGGUGGCCGUGCUUGCGGGUGUACGCUCGCGUCAUCCACAGAUCUCCCGCGCGCGAAACAGGCUGCUGAAGGCUUUUUUGCCUUCUCCACAUGGGGGAGAGAUAAUGGGCUGGCGCUGGAUACACAUGGAGGCAGAGAGAGGCCAUGUAUCGACCACCGCGUUGGAUCGGCGCCAGGCAAAAAGCGGCCGUUGCUGGCCCUGGGACCUAGCAUGCACCGCUGCCUGUCGUGA